UUUCAUCGGUGCCAGUACAGUAUUUAUCUACUAUCUUGACGCACUUUCUGGUCCACCUGGUACCGGUUUAGAUUGGUUCCAUUCGUUAUACUUCUCCUACAUGUCAUUCACGACUAUUGGUCUGGGUGAUGUAAUGCCAAACAAUGCUACGUUCGUCCCUAUAGUUUCCAUUAUCUUCUUUCUCGGCCUACCCGUCAUGAAGAUUGUUAACAGAAUGACCUAUUUAACAAUAGAAAAUGGCUCAUUCGGAAUACUCACUGUUAUUGAGAACCGCAUCAACAACUAUUGGGAAAGAAAGCGACCUUCGGCAAGUGGAGUAGAAGUUGGAGUUGGUGAACCUGCGAAAGAAAUGGAAGACAAUGAUGAAGUGAGUCAAGCCUCUCUGCUUAAUGAGAAUCAAAUGUGA